AUGAGUGUUGAAGGUGCCUCUUUGAAAGAACAAUUAUUGGAUGCUUCCAGAAGAAAUAAUGUUGAUCUGUUAGAACAAAUAUUUACAACUUUAGACAAUGAUGAAGAAAAAAUAGCUGAUCUAAUAAAUACCGCGAAGGACCCCUUAGGAAACACUGCAUUGCAUUUAAGUUGCAAAUAUGGAUCAUGGGAAGUCUUAGAUAAAAUACUAGAUCAAGAAGGUGACAUUGAGAUCGAUCCUAAAAAUGAUAUGGAUGGUGAUACGCCAUUACAUAGUGCUGUAAGAUACGCACAAGAUGAACCAGAACAUGGUGAAUUCAUUGCGCAAAACCUGAUUGAAGUUGGUGCCGAUCCAAGAAUAAGAAACAAUCAUAAUCAAAAACCAAUUGACUUGAUCCAUGGUGAUGAUUUUGACAGUUUAAUUGAUCUGUUACAAGGUGCGGAAUUGGCAGCUGACAAUAGAGGAAAUAUAGAAAAUGAAGAAGGAGAAGAGGAAGAGCUAAUUGAUGAUGGUCCAGAUGAUGAAGAUGUCCCUAUCAAGGCAAACUAG